AUGUCCAUGCCAAGGUUUCUAUCUCACCAAAUCUCAUCACCUCUUCGGCGAGCCUGCGACGUCUUUAUAAACCACCGUGGUGUUGACACCAAGAAGACUGUUGCUGGAUUGCUUUACCACCGUCUCUCCCAACUCAACAUCAAUGCUUUCUUGGAUAGUAAAAGCAUGCAACCUGGCGAUAGGUUAUACGAGAGCAUUGGCUCAGCGAUCCGGAAAUCUAAGAUUGGGGUCGUCGUCUUCUCCCCUCGUUACUGUGAUUCUUAUUUCUGCCUACAUGAGUUGGCGCUUUUGGUUGAUCAGAAAAAGAAGCUCAUUCCAAUCUUCUGCGACGUCAAACCAUCAGAGCUUCAGAUCAUGGCCUAUGAAAAGUCCACACCCAAAGAGCUGGUGAGGUUUAGGAAGGCACUGGAAGAAGCUAGGUAUACAGUUGGGUUUGUGUUUGAUUCUCAGAACGGGAAUUGGUCGGACCUUGUGACAAAUGUCUCGGACAUCAUCGUGAAGAGCCUGAAUGAACAGGAAGGACAAAAACACUUGCGAAGACAGGGGAGUUUCAUCGUCUAUUUGUUCGGUUAUCUAUUGAAGGCUUGGGAUUUUUACAUGUGGAACAUUUUGGUUGAUGGGCCAAAUUGGGCGUUGGCUAUCAAUGAUUUGAAUAACUGA